GCCUCUUUUUGGAGAAGAAGGUAAAAUGGCUGAGAUUUAAUCUACGGAAGAAACUCGUAACCUUUGGGAAAUCACAUGGGGAGGCAGGUUGGAAAUCAAUCAGGCUAAACCUGCUUGGCAAAUUGACGAGCUUCCAGCUUGAUAACACUUUCUUUCUCGUUGCAGACUGUGUAUUACGCCAAAAAAACGGGAUUCCUAUGGGGGGCCGUGCGAGCCCACCACUUGCUUGUGUCAUGUGUAUGUGCGCCGAGUACAAGUUCAUUCAGAGCUUGGGGGAUGACGCCAGAUUUAUAAGAGGUAAACGUUACAUUGAUGACUUAUUGCUCCGUGCGCUCUGGGAUGCGAACGACUGCAAUAGCUUGGAUAGGAUUGAGGCAAAACUGGAUCUAAUCCUGGACUGCUACCCCCAAGGGCUGAAAUUGGAACGUACUGACGCCGGGAAUGGGAUUCUCGACUUUCUGGAGACACGUAUUGUGGUAACUAACGCACGGUUUCCUGGCAGCAACCGUUUUGCAAUGCACGAUCUGCUUGAGGUUGACGAGGAGACCUUCGCAGAGGACCCUUCUCUUUGUGACGAUCAAGAGCAAGACUGCGAGGCAUCUUGCUCUUCGCCAGCCCAUAAGUCUGAUUAUGUGGAUGAGGAUGAAUCAAUGAAUGUCGUCAAAAAGACUGCCUCCAAAAUUUUCAAACAGGAUGAUCCUGCAGAGUCGUUCUACGUCAUUCUAAAUGGCCUUGUAUCCAUCCACGUUGCUGAUCCAAAGACCAAGCAAUCAGGGGCGGAUAAGCGGUUCCUUGGACAUCGUCGAUCUGGAUAUUCCACAGCCAGAAGUUCAGACCCAGGAAAGGGGUCUGAUGGAGAUAGCGCUAAAAGCGCUAAAAUCAGUCUUCGUAUUGAGCCAGAAAUCCUGUAUGGACCGUGUGUUCAGAUACUGGGACGUGGUCAGAGCUUUGGAGAAAUGGCUCUCAUCCAAUCAUGUUCGAGAUGUCUGAACAGCCACAAAUCCCUGUCCGGACCAGCGCAGGAGGACAUCCACAGCCUCCACGACGCGUUGGCUCAACUCAACAGCCACCUCCAGCAGCUGGAGCAACGACCCGUCGCCGCCCCCGAUGCCAGCUCCUCCAACACCUCCGAUCGCUUCAAUGCAUUGGAGAUCGACGUCGGAGCCCUCAAGGAUGACACGCAGCUACAGCAAACCGCCACGCGACAACUGGAGCAGCGGAUCUGUGUUGCCGCUGCCAACCCGAGUUCGACACCGUGCAAGACGACUCCAAGGUUCGAUGAUCAGGAGAUUUUCUGCGAUUCGACGAAGACGGACCCGAUUCCGUGGUUCCGCAAGUUCGAGCUCAAGUUGCAGCUACACCACAUCAGCGAGGACAAGCAUCACACAUACUUAUACUCCCGUGGACUGCCCGUCAAAAGGCAAAUGCAAAUCGGGAAACUGAGCACCGCCGGGAGUGAGUCGACGACACUCUCGACGCCUUCGGAACCGGUCGCUUUGCGGGUAACCGCCCUUCGUUCCGAGGCACACGCGAAAGUCGAUAGUCCUCCUCUUCAAUAUUCUUAUGAGGACUAUGCUGCUUGGCUCGUUUCUACGCUGGGUACUCAUGCUCAAGGACAAGACGUGUGUGCGGCAUCUUCUUCGUCCGACAGCGGCGACUUAUCGUCUUCAAGUGGUUCUUCACGGGAUUCGGCGCACGAGUUCAACAUAGAGGUAUUGGACCCGCUCACGUCCGAGGAUUUCGCAUGGCUUCCUCUCCUGAGCACGGGCUGCUUGUCGGGACCCCAAUGCGCAGCUCUAUACGCUCAUCUUCACACAUACUUAGCCUUUUAUGCACCACCAACUCCGCCGACAAAUGACGAAGUCGCGGAGGGGGACAUCCUUAUGUAUGUUACCAAGGUGGCCCGUGAGUUUCACAAGCAGCGGUACGAUGAGAACAACGCACCGCUCCUCUAUGUCCGCAUCCAAGUUGGGCAAGCGUCCUGCAACACUUUGCUGGAUAGCGGCACGUCGCGCAAUUUCAUGAGCCAAGCCUUUAUGCAAAGGGUUGGCCUUGGCACACAAGUUCGAAGGAAGGCAAACCCGACGGCGAUCAAGUUGGCGGAUGGAAGGACGCAGCAACUUAUCGACCGCUACAUCGAGGUCGUACCAGUGUAUUUCGCACCUCAUGCAUGCGAACCGGUGACGUUCGACAUUUUGGACACGGACUUCGACGUUAUUUUGGGAAUGCCUUGGCUUGCAAGUGCGGAUCACACGGUCAACUUCCACUGGCGGACUCUUACCGUCCGCGAUGCUUUCGGCGCCGAAGUGCCAUGCACUAUUCCUCUUCCGCACCCUUCUAUCCGAUGCCGAGUGGUGACAGCCAAGUCGUUCCCGACUACUUGCGCUUACGAGCAGCCCGACGAGAUAGGCCUAUGCUUCCUACGGACCGUCGCGGUAGCCGAUUCUUCACCCACGGACUUGUCUUCGGACCCCCGUGUGGUGCGGUUGCUUAACGAGUUCGCUGACAUCUUCGAGUCACCUACCGGUGUGGUGCCAGAUCGGCCGAUCUCUCACGAGAUCAUUCUUGAGGUCGGUGUCGUGCCACCGAAAGGUUGCAUUUAUCGCAUGAGCGAGGAGGAGCUUACGGUCCUCCGUGCGCAACUCGAUGACUUGUUGGACAAGGGCUGGAUCCACCCUAGUAGCUCCCCAUACGGAGCGCCAGUUCUCUUCGUACAGAAGAAGAACAAGGAUCUACGUUUGUGCAUCGACUACCGCAAGCUCAACGCGCAAACCGUCAAGAAUGCGGCGCCUCUUCCUCGUAUCGAUGAUCUUCUUGAGCGAUUGGGUGGCGCGAAGCAUUUUUCUAAGUUGGAUUUGAAGUCGGGAUAUCAUCAGAUCUCGAUCCGACCGAACGAUCGCUAUAAAUCCGCGUUCAAGACGCGGCCGUUCGUUGUAACCACUGACGCAAGCCAAUAUGGGAUUGGCGCAGUGCUGGCUCAGCAGGAAGGGAAGAAGUUGAGAUCGAUCGAGUACAUGAGCAAAAAGAUUCCGUCAAAGAAGUUGGGAAAGUCCACCUACGAGAGGGAACUCUACGCUCUUUACAAGGCACUUGUCCACUGGAGGCACUAUCUGUUAGGAAGGUUCUUUUACUUGAGAACUGACCAUCAGACACUCAAGUGGAUCAAGACUCAACCAGUCCUCUCCGGUGCACUCAAACGCUGGAUUGAAGUCAUAGAUCAAUAUAAUUUCAAACUAUACUAUUUGAAGGGAGAGUACAACAAGGUUGCAGAUGCGUUGUCUAGGAGGGCAGACUACCUAGGUGCGCUGAUUUCUGAGUUUGGUUUGUCUGAGGACGUGACUCGAUCGUUGGAUGAAGCCUACAAGGAAGAUCCCAUCACGAUGAACAUCAUCAACAAACUACAGGCUAAAGAUAAGGCCACCACUGAUGAGUUUGUGAUGGUGGAUGAGUUGCUCUUUCUUGAGAAGGCAGGGUUCAAGAGGUUAGUUGUUCUAUCUAGAGAGACUUUGCAUAGUUUAGUUUUAGGUGAGUGUCACGACGCAAUGGGACACUUCGGCUAUAAGAAGACGAGUGCUAAUUUAGUACAGCGAUUCUGGUGGCCCAACAUGCUUGACGAUGUGAAGAAGUACGUGGAGACCUGUCAGUUCUGUCAGCGGGACAAGCCGCGGACUCAAGCUCCGCUUGGGUUACUCAAGCCUUUACCCAUUCCUGCUGGCCUAGGGCAGAGUAUCUCCAUGGACUUCAUGGAUACUCUUGUGACCAGCAAGAAUGGCAAGAGGCACAUCUUCACUAUCGUUAGUGAUAGAGAUGUCCGUUUCACUAGUGAGAUGUGGAAGAAGGCCACUGAACAGAUGGGCAGCCAGCUUCAGAUGACUUCUGGGAAUCAUCCCGAAGCAAAUAGACAGGCUGAACAGAUGAACCGAGUGGUGCAGCAUCUGCUGAGGCAUUACAUCAAGCCCAGCCAGGAUGACUGGGAUGAGAAGUUACCUCUCAUCGCCAGUCUGUACAACAACGUUGUACACAGCACCAUCGGUGUCAGUCCUAACCAACUACAUCUGGGAUGGAAGCCUAGAUCUGCUCUAGACUUCCUCCUGCCUGAAAAUCGAACUGCUGCAACUCCUGGAACCAUUGAAUUUGGUGUUCAGUAUGAGAAACUGCUGCAGCAGACUGUCGAACACAUUAAGAAAUCUCAGGAGGUCAUGAUUGCUUCUGAGAACAAGCGUCGUCGACAGUCCACAUUUCAGGUAGGGGAACGUGUCUGGGUCAAGGCUAGUGAACAGGGACAGGAGUUUGGCAUCUCUAGGAAACUAAUGCCUCAGUAUUUCGGUCCCUGGGAAGUCCUGGAUAUCGUGGGGAAUGAUUUGGAUGGUCCCUCUGAUGGUCAUGAUAGUGAUGGUCAUGAUAGUGAUGGUGAUGGUGAUGGUGAUGGUGAUGGUGGUGAUGGUGAUGGUGAUGGUGAUGGUGAAGGUGAAGGUGAUGAUGAUGAUGAUGGUGAUGGUGAUGGUGAUGGUGAUGGUGAUGGUGAUGGUGAUGGUGAUGGUGAAGGUGAAGGUGAUGAUGAUGGUGAUGGUGAUGGUGAUGGUGAUGGUGAUGGUGAUGGUGAUGGUGAUGAUGAUGAUGAUGACAGUGAUGAUGGUGAUGAUGAUGAUGAUGAUGAUGAUGAUGAUGAUGAUGAUGAUGAUGAUGAUGAUGAUGACGGUGACGAUGGUGAUGAUGAUUGAUUGAUGGUGAUGGUGAUGUCAAAGUGACCAUUGUAAUGAGCAUGACGACAUCCAUUAAUAAGUCACUCAAAAUAGUCGAAAUGGUGUUAUCACCAUCCACCUGGUGAAUUUCAGAACGCAUCUUCAGUGCAAAGCUGGAGCCAAUUGCUUGUUUCACCUAGUCAUGAUACCUGGAAGUACCUCAGGGUUCCAUACCGAGUCUUUCACUCCCUGUGUCUGACGCAUUGAAUGAUGGCAAAAGAGAGGCAUGUAACGCAUCCCAUGCUACAGUGUGAAUGAAUUUACUGAUUGUCA